AUGUCAGCGCCGUUUCCUCGGGUCAUUGAGCAUACUGAACCAGAUUCGGACCAUAGCAAGAUAUCAUGGAGAAAUAUUGCUAAUCCGAAGAAUCUCUGGCCAGAUGACCCAAGUCAUCCGGCGAAGGUCGCCAUUCGCACAUAUUCUCUCAGCUUAUCUCUCUCUCUCGGUCCAGUGCUACUUCCAGUUGCUCUUACCCUCGUCAAUCGUUCGUCCAGUCUGGAGACUCGUUUGGGUUCAUUCAGACGCGUAUUGAGGCGCGAAGUAGGCCUUACAGGAUUUCCGUUCGCCAUCACAGUAGCCGUUUGUGGCGGAAUUGCAUUGAAGCACUUCUGGGAAGCAGUAGGUGUCCGCCAUGUCACGGUCGAUAAACAAGACAGUCCAGAAGUUCGACGACAGCCAGUGGUGGCUUCCACAUUCCAACGACGUACAACAGUCCUCUCGCUCGCAGCUCAGAUAUGCUCACGCAUGUCCAACUCAACACCCUCAGGCUCCCAGAAAGCGUUCCUGUCAAAUAUUCUAUCCUCGACAAUCGCGUUGUUCUUACUCCAAAGGGCUCGACCGUCCAAAGCGGGGUCGCAUCGACCAUUCACAACCUUUGGAUUUACGCUCUUAUUUUUCUGUCGUGCAACGGACGCAAUUAUGCAGCAUUUCCUGUCUGUGGAAUCAGCCCGGAAAGCUAACCUAUUCAACACUUCCACAAAUCGAUCGAACCCAAACAAACCAUCCGCUGAUGUACCGAUGCCUGCUAAAGGCGAUAGCAAAGCCAAGAAGUGGCAUCAAAGUACAGUUGCAUGGUUGGACGCUGUCGUAUUUUGGGCCUGCAGUGCUAGAAUUAUGUGGUGUUUCUUCUACCAGCCGCAUAGACUUCCCCCUUCUUAUGUGAAAUGGAUAUCAUCCCUGGCCAACCUAGACAAACGGCUGUUGGACGCUUUGCGUGUCAUGCGUUCUAAAGAAUGGGUUUAUGGGCACAGUUCCACCCAUUCUCACCUCCUGACAUCUUAUGCCAAUGAUCGUGGAUACCCUUCAUCUUGGGGCGAUCCACAGGUCUUGCCUGCGUGUGGUGGUACAGAUGCAGACGUGGUCUGGAAGGCGCUUGGUGUGCCUGACCGGGGUGGUGUGGGUGGAUUGCCCUGUGAGCUUCUGCAUUCCGGCAUCACAACGCGGUGGGGUCUCGACAACAGCUGCCUAACAAAUGUGGGCGUGAGAUUUUGCCUAGCAUUCAUUGAGGCUAUGGCUCUAUAUCUGCCUGUCCACUUCCUUCCUCUCCUUUUUACUCGCCCUAGCUCCAUCCUCCAGCGUCAUCGCGCCAUUCCUGCGCUACUAGCUGCGAUCCGCAGUGCGACAUUCCUCUCCACUUUCCUGUCGUCAUAUUUCUCCGCUGUUUGUCUCACACGUACCUUAGUGCUGGCAAAACUGUUCCCAUGGAUCCCUCAUGAUGUGUGGGAUGGACCACACGGCUGUGUUCUCGCGGGAUCACUCACAUGUGGUUGGAGUAUACUUAUCGAGAACACGCGGAGAAGGGGAGAGAUGGCCUUGUAUGUGUUGCCCAGAGCCGUUAAAGCAUCUUUACCGGCCAAGUGGAUUGCGGGUAAUCAUGCUGGUGCGAGGCUGGCCGAGCGAAUCGUGUUUGUUCUGUCGCUGGCUUCACUGCUCACUUUUGCAGUCCAUGAGCCAGAAUCUCUGAGAGGUCUGUCGCGAUGGACCCUUGCUUUCGUCAUGAAGGGGCCAAAUACUGCGUUCUGGAAGAAACGCAAAGAACAGAUUGAGACUUGCAAUUGUCCUCAGACGCCUAUUUCUCCAUCCUCCAACUCGAUCUCCACGCAGGGCAUCGAUCAUUUGUGA